AGUUAUUGAAAACUGACUGUGAAUUGGAAUUGGAGUUGUUGGAGUUGGAGUUGGGCCCUUCUUCCCCUGUAACUUGUAGCAGUUUCCCGCCGGAGAGAGAUGGGUCGAGGUGGUAAAAAGGAAGGCACCGCCGCCGACCCCGAGGGAGAAGAGAGAGUAAGGCUAAAAAAGCUGGCCUUCUCCACAAACAUUUUGUCCCAAACCCCGCCGAAACUGGGUCCUUCACCCUCUCUGCCCCCCUCUAAAACCGUCAUCAAACACCACGGCAAGGAUAUUUUGAGAAAGUCACAGCGCAAGAACAGAUAUUUAUUCUCCUUUCCCGGUCUACUCGGCCCCAUUUCUGGUGGGAAAAUCGGCGACCUCAAAGACCUCGGCACCAAAAACCCCAUUCUCUACCUAGAUUUUCCGCAGGGUCAAAUGAAGUUGUUUGGGACAAUUGUUUAUCCUAAGAAUAGGUAUUUAACGCUGCAAUUUUCGAGAGGCGGGAAGAAUGUUACAUGUGAUGACUACUUUGACAAUAUGAUAGUAUUUUCAGAUGCUUGGUGGAUUGGAACAAAAGAUGAGAAUCCAGAAGAAUCACGGCUUCAGUUUCCUAAGGAGCUGAAUCUGGAAAAGCAAGUGGAGUAUGAUUUCAAGGGUGGUGCAGGGGCCACACAAGACAGUAAACUAGGUUCUGGAAAAUUUGCAACAAAAUGCUUGGAACAGGAAUCCCCAGAAGUUUGUCUAGAUAAUAAUUUCGCUGACAGUCCAAAUGAUUACAAAGAGUUGGCAGAAGUUACUCCAACUCGGCAGUCAGCUAGGACUGCUGGGAGAACAUUUAAUUUUGCAGAAGCAUCUUCUGGGGAUGAUUUUGUUGGGGAUGGAGAUGAAACACCGGAAGAAGAGAAUGAGAAAGUUGAUUCAGAAACAAGAAAAACUUAUACAUCUACAGAGACCAAAAUUUCAUCCCGUCUAGUAUUUGAAAUUGAUAAUGAGGCCAAUGCUAGAGAAGAUCCAGGUUCAGGACAAAAUAAGCGGACUGGAAAAACUAAAGAUUCCUGUGAUAAUGAUCACACGUCCCUCGUCCAAACAACACUAUCUUCAUUGUUUAAGAAGGUGGAGGAAAAGAAGGCAAAGAAGGAAGUGAACCAGAAGAUCAGUACUUCUGAAGCCUCCAAGCUUGCGAAGGGAGGAAAGAAAAGAAAGGAAAGAGAAUCGGGACAGUGAAGCAAGAGAUGAAGAUUGGAGGGCUUGAAGAUUGUGAUGUGCAUCAGCAGAUGAUUUUGUAUGGUUUUAUGAUCUCUACAAUAUAUGUUGUUGUCUAGGCAGUCGCUCUUGUACUAGUUUUGUCCUUGUAUUUGCACUUUUUGUUAAUUUGAUCACCAUUUUCAGAUCAUAUAGGAAAACAUCGUGGAUGAAUUGUGUAACAAUCACAUUUGUUGGAAUACAUGGUUUAAAGCAUAUUGCAAUUACACUCA